AUGAAUGAUGUCGAAGAGUCGAUUCGGGUAGUUGAUAAAAACCCAGAUUCUUUUCUGUCAAGUAAUAAAAUCCUGGAGUCACAAAGAUUGAAGCGCAAAUAUAAGUCGAAAAGCAAUAGAAAAGGUCUAAACCUUGAUAAGAAUUUGUCCGAAAAUGCAAUUUCCACAACUAGAUCGGAAGUCUUACAACAAAUUCCAGCAAACAAUAAUUCCACAGCAGAACCAGCCAUGCAACAAAUACCAUCAAAUGACAAUUCAAUGACAGAACCAGUCAUGCAACAAAUUCCAUCAAAUGUCAAUUCAAUAACAGAACCUGUUGUUCAACAAAUUCCAUCAAAUACCAGUGGCACCAAUAACUUGCAUACUGUGCCAGAAACAUAACAAACAUGCAAAUUAUUCUAUGAAAAAUGUCACUGUUGUUGCAGGAGAUUCAAUUGUCCAGAACCUGCAAGGCUGGCGUCUUUUUAACACUGACAACCAUGUUGUUGUCAAGAGCUUUUCUGGGGCAAAUAUAACAGACAUGGAAGACUAUUUAAAGCCCAUCCUUCGUAAGGAGCCGUAUAACGUCAUUCUACACAUAGGAACUAACGAUUUAAAACAUCUAUCUGCUAAGAGAGUGGCUGAAGGGAUUGCAAAUUUCGCAACCCAAAUCGAAGAAGAUUCCCCAGCAACCAGCAUUGUGAUCUCUAGUAUAUUACCACGAUCAGAUAAAUCUGAACUAUCGGCAAAAGCAACAGAAGCUAACAAGCUUAUUAAAGCAAUAUGCUCUAAAAAUCAAUGGGCAUUUAUUGAUCAUAAAUUGGUUAAUUUGUCUUGUCUAAACACAAGGGGAUUGCACCUUAAUCGUAAAGGAACUUCUAUUGUAGCAAAGAACAUUUCUAAGUACAUUAAAUUCCUGUUAGGAAAUUGCUGUAAGAGAGUCUGUUAA